GAGAAGUGGCGUCAGGGAGCGCCGGAUGAGGGGCCGGGGGAAAUGCCGACCAAUUGCGCCGCGGCGGGCUGUGCUGCGACCUACGACAAGCACAUUAACGUCAGCUUCCACAGACCAUGCCUUGAGACGAAUGACGCCAUACGGGAAAGAUCACUUCCCGUUCAAGCCAACAAAUCACGUUAAAAGCCUCCUGUGUCCGAGUUAAAAUUAGGAAAUGUUCGCUAGCUGAGUUGACGUGGGCAAGGUUUCUAAUAGGCACACACACUAACUGCCGAGGAACUGAGUCAUCGCUGACGGCCGUGUAAUUCAGCGGUGUUUACCAAAGCGCAAACAAAAGCUUUCUCUUGAACAGAAUCAUAAAAUGAACCUAACGUUCUGUUUAAGUUAAACUCUGCAAUAGGUACUCAGGAAAUGCUCCUCUUUCCUUCAAGAACUGCCACCUUCCUGAAGAAAAGAAAUACUAAAAACUUAAGUGAAAACAGUUCUGAUUUUUAUAUGUCCCACCAUAUAAAUUGUGAUCUUAGAAUAUAGAAAAUAUCUUUGUUCGUCUCCCUACCUCACUAUUACUAAGUGCAUCCCCUGACUAAAAGCUGCCCCUUAAAAAAAUCCUUCUGAUGUUUGUUUUAAAACUACUUCAUGCAAAUAUAAUGCUUUAUUCAUUCGCACAGCUGAUGUACACCAGGUCCCUAAUUGCCUGACAUUAUGCUAAUGAUGGAGAAAGUUCUUACCCUCGGGGACUUUAGAAUUGAAUAGAGGAGUGAGACAUAAUUACAGUUGAGUGCCACAGAAAAGACAUUCAAAGAGACCUAAUUUAGCCUUGGAAAGGCAAAGGACACUUCACCAAAGAGGUGACGUGUCAAAUGAGACCAGAGGAUGACAUAGGUGUGGUCCUCUGUACUAAUGCGGUUUCUGUUUUGUCCCAAGAGUACUUGAGAAGCCCUGAAGAAGGAAAGACUGGCAUGAUUAGAGUUACAUAAUCAAAAGCCUUCUGGCUGCAGCGUAGAGUUAAGAGUGAUACUCACAGCGUCACCAGAGAUGGAUUUGAUAAGGAAGGAGCCUAUUGUGGAACGUUAAUUUAUCUGCUAUUGCCAUCACAGGGAUGGCAGCUGAACUGAAUACUGCUGCUUAGUUGUGGGCACGGGAGCACUGAAUGAGAGGAAGUGAGAGAGGUGAAUAAGAAGAAAAUAGGAAGCUAUGACAAAAGGGAGCCCAAGCCUGUGUGGUGAUACAUGUCUGUAAUCUCAGAAAUGAGAAGAAAGAGGCUGGGUGUCAUUAAUCAGAGGCCAACCUGAGGUACACAGACCCGUUCUCAGAAUACUAUUUACAUGAACGUAGGGAAUCCAUUCAGUGCUCCAGAAUAGGAUGCUGUUGGCGGUGACGGUGGAGAGAAGCAGACAGAUGUUGAGAGAUGUUGGAGGAGAAUUUAUUGGGUGUGGUGAUCUGGUGUGGAAGAUGAAAGGGAGGAGUCUAGCCACUAAAAGCAAUGUUGAAGUGAUGUACAGUGGAGAGCGGGGUAUGGUGGCUCAAGGCUAUAAUCUUAGAAUAUAGGAGGCUGAGCCAGGAGGAUCCACCUCAAGUUCGAGGCCUGUCUGGAGCACAAAAUAAAACUCUGGGUCAAGGAAAAAAAAAUAAAGAAAAGCGCAGUGUCUAAUACUGUUCAUCUAAUAUGAAACUAGCAUUUUUAUGAUAGCCUUAGAGAUGUAAGUCUUUAUAAUUGCUAAGCAGGCACAUUCCUGUAUUCCAUGCACAUGGGAGUAGGUAGAAGGAUCACCAUGAGUUCAAAGCCAGCCUGAGUUACAGGAUGAAUUUGAGGCCUGGCUACAAGAUAAGGCCCUGUCUCCAAACACAACAAAGCAAACAAACACGUUUCCUUUGGAUCCUAAAAGAAGAAGAGAAUGGGUUCGCCUGGUUAGGCGCAAAAAUUUUGUGCCAGGAAAACACACUUUUCUUUGUUCAAAGCACUUUGAAGCCUCCUGUUUUGAUCUAACAGGCCAAACUCGACGACUUAAAAUGGAUGCCGUUCCAACCAUUUUUGAUUUUUGUACCCAUAUAAAGUCUAUGGUGCCCGUAGCUUUAUUUUCCAUGACAGAUCUUGACGACAGUACAUGCAAAAAAUAUAUAAAGAUGAUUACUAAUAUCGUAAUAUUGAGCCUGAUCAUUUCCAUUUCCCUAGCAUUCUGGAUUAUGUCAAUGACAGCUAGCACCUAUUAUGGUAACCUGCGGCCUGUUUCUCCCUGGCGCUGGCUGUUCUCCGUUGUUGUUCCUGUUCUGAUUGCCUGCAAUGGCUUCAAAAAGAAAAGUCUAGACCACAGUGGGGCUUUAGGAGGGCUAGUGGUUGGAUUUAUCUUAACCAUUGCAAAUUUCAGCUUUUUUACCUCGCUGCUGAUGUUUUUCCUCUCAUCUUCAAAACUCACCAAAUGGAAAGGAGAGGUGAAGAAGCGUCUAGAUUCGGAAUAUAAGGAAGGAGGCCAAAGGAACUGGGUUCAGGUAUUCUGUAAUGGAGCCGUGCCCACGGAGCUGGCCCUGCUGUACAUGAUAGAGAAUGGCCCCGGGGAAAUGCCCAUAGAUUUCUCCAAGCAGCCCACUGCUUCCUGGAUGUGUUUGUCUCUCUUGGCUGCGCUGGCCUGCUCUGCUGGAGAUACCUGGGCUUCUGAGGUUGGCCCCGUUCUGAGCAAAAGCUCACCUCGGCUGAUAACAACCUGGGAGAAAGUUCCAGUUGGAACCAACGGAGGCGUCACCGUGGUGGGGCUCGCCUCCAGUCUCCUUGGUGGUACCUGUGUGGGCCUGGCCUACUUCCUCACACAGUUGCUGUUUGUGAAUGAUUUAGACAUCUCCGCUCCCCAGUGGCCCAUAAUUGCAUUUGGAGGUCUGGCUGGGUUACUGGGCUCAGUUGUGGACUCAUACUUAGGGGCAACAAUGCAGUUUUCUGGUCUGGAUGAAAGCACCGGGCUGGUGGUCAGCAGCCCGGCCCGGGAGACCAAGCACAUAGCAGGGAAGCCCAUCCUGGACAACAACGCCGUGAACCUCUUCUCCUCAGUCCUGGUCGCCCUCUUGCUCCCAACAGCUGCUUCGGGCUUUUGGCCCAGAGAGUGACCUUUCUUUCCUUCCCAACUGGGUGAUACUGGUGAGUCCAGCUGAAUUUGCCAUGUGAAGAUUUUUUUCCCUAGUGAAUAAUUUCACCAACCUUGGGGAUGCCGGCUCCUCCCGUGUUCCAUUGUGGUGGGAUUCCAUGCUGCCCUUUCAGCUCCUUUCAUAGCUGAUGUUUUUGUGGUGAAAGGUGAAAGUGCGUAAAAGUUAUGCACAUUUUUCUUCUGCUGCAUGAAGCUUCGUGAUCGAUGGAGCUGUUAUUUCCUCUGUGGUUGUGUGUUGAACUGAGAGUCUACAUGGUCUCCAUAAAAUGUUGUUUUGUUCAGCUUCUAAAAACCAAGUGUGUUGACAAUUGAAAAUGGUUUCCACUUGUAUAGAAACAUACCACUAUGACAAUUGCCCCAAAGUUAUAUCUGCUUUAAUGACUUAACCCAGUACACAUGGAAGCCCAAAGAAGUACACUAACUGGAACUUUCCCCAUUCUCUUUCAAGUCACAACUGUGAAAAAUGCAGGCACUGGUACUCCACGUUUUUCUUCCUUUCUCCCAACUAAUAAUGUCAUUGUUUGGACAAAUUUCUUUUUCAUCACAUUAGAAAAUGUAAAGAAAAAAAAAUUUUUUUUUUUUUUUGGUUUUUCGAGACAGGGUUUCUCUGUGUGGCUUUGCACCUUUCCUGGAACUCACUCAGUAGCCCAGGCUGGCCUCAAACUCACAAAGAUCCGCUUGCCUCUGCCUCCCGAGUGCUGGGAUUAAAGGCGUGCGCCACCACCGCCCAGCAAGAAAAUUAUUUUUUACAAAAAGAAAUCACUUAAAAUUUCACCUUCUGGAUUAAGGUAUAUCUUGGUGGUAACACUCACCUCAGAUACACAGUACCCUGGUUUAGAUGCCCAGCACUGAAAGGAAGUUUACACUUUAUGCGUUCAUGUCUUUGAAAUACACAUAAGAAUCUGGGUGUCACACUGCCAUGUGGAAGAGUUAAUGAGUCACUGGAAAAAUAGUGUAAUUAUUUUUUAAAUUUACUUUCAUUUGAACUUUGAACUUAAUUUUGUAAGUGCCUGGAAAUGCUGUGAUUUCCUAUCAGGAACCUUGUAAGUCAUGCGUUCCUUUUCUUUGUAGCCUCAGCCUAAGUGGAUUCUGUUUGUGACUGUGUUCUUCACUGUGUCUUACCUUGUACAAAAGAGGUUUUGAAGGAGCAGGUUAUUUUAUUAAAUAUGUCCUAAAAUA